CUGCUCUGCCCUCUGUGCUGCCAGCUCCUGCCCACAGGGCACCCCCAGCACCCGCAGGCACACAGCUGCUGCUCCUCCAGCCGCAGGAGGCACAGCAGCAGCUCCUCAGGGGCCUUUGGGCUGGUCUCAAAGUGCUUUGCUUUGUUCUCUGCUGACAGAUGCCCACCAGACAGAUGUUCUCUCUGGAUGGCAGCUGCGAGCUGAGGCUGGGGAUGGCUCUGGAUCCUCACUGCUGCAGGAGGGAGCCAGGGACUACCCUGGAGCUGCAGAACUUGGCCUCCAAGCACCCCAACCUGGUCAUCGUCCCUCUCGAAGUCUCCGACCCUGCCAGCAUCAAGGCAGCUGCAGCCAGAGUUGGGGAGCACCUGGAGGGCUCGGGGCUGAACCUCCUCAUCAACAAUGCUGCCAUUGCCAGGAUCAUUGCUCUGCAGGAGGAGACCCUGGAGACCAUGAGGCAGCUUUACACCACCAACACCAUCGGGCCCAUGCUGCUGGGCCAGGCAUUCCUGCCCUUGCUGAAGAAGGCUGCCCAGGAGAGCCCAGGCGCAGGGAUGAGCUGCAGCAGGGCAGCCAUCAUCAACAUGUCCAGUGCUGGAGGCUCCAUUGGCAAUACCCUGGGCUGGGACCUGAUGCAAGUUGUCUCCUACCGCUGCAGCAAGGCUGCCCUCAACAUGCUGACCAAGUGCCAGUCCCUGAGCUACCAGGAGCACGGCAUCCUCUGUGUGGCUCUGCACCCUGGCUGGGUGCAAACCGACAUGGGCAGUGCCGCAGGGCACCAGCCCCCUGUGACGGUGGAUGCCAGCGUGCGAGGGAUGCUGAAGGUGCUCUCCUCCCUCUCUGAGAAGGACACUGGCACCUUCCUGGACUGGGAAGGGAAGGUGGUGCCCUGGUGAGAUGCCAGCCUGGCCUGCUGGCAGCGGGGCCCUGUGCCACUGCUCCCCAUGCCAACACCUCAAUAAACCUCUGCCUGUGA